UUACAAGAAUUUGAGUGUGGAUUAGAUCGGACGAGCACGCAAGGAAUUCAAAGUGCCGUAGGUAGAAUACAUGGCAGAACAUCUAUGGGUCUGAAAUAGAAUUAACACAGAGAGGGAGAGAGAGGGAGAUGCGGUAGUAGGCCAUUGUCACCUUCGUCUUCUCGACUAGUUGAGACUUGAGACUAAAACUAGACUAAUUGGAUAAGGAAGAGGACCUUGAGCACCACCUGGCUGCUGGGGUGGUAGAUUCAUUGACUGGUUCCGUUUGAAUGCUGCUCCUCAUGACCCAACAGCAACAGUAGCAUUCUGCAGUCGGCAGUCGCCACCAUUUCUUUGGGAGGAGCAAACUCAACCCCACAAGUCUCCGUCCAGAGACGCAAAUUCAUCAUCAUCCUCAACCCUCAAAUUAGCCUCAAAACUCUCAAACCCAACCCCAACCCCAACCCCAACCCCCAAUUGUUUUGGACAAUGGUUUUGACUCCAAAGUCUUGUAUUCAUUCGUUGAAUUCACAAUAUUUUAAUACAUACACCUGCUGCCUGCUGGUACAUGCACCUACUUUGUACAUACUCAGCCUCGCUCUCAAUCUCAGCUUCCGCCCCUGCCCCAAACCCAGCCCCUGUCCGAUAAUAUUUCUCUCAGCUUCACCCGAACGCCACCACUCUCCUCCGCAGAAUUCUUCUUCAAGAUGCCCGUCCGGCCUCGAAAGAAAAAGAAGGUCUCCGCUGACGUCUCUACAGAUAACUCCCAAAAUAAAGCUCCCCAAGCCGUUGACCGGGAUAGCACCACCUCCAACGCUGCCGCCGCCGCCGCCGCCACCGUUAUAUCCGAGAUGGUCACCGCCACAACUGUCGUUCACAACGGCAACGCGAUUAGGGUUAUUCCGACAAUUGUCAGCAGGAAAUUAUCUUGCGAAGGAGAGGUUUCUGUUGCUAUUCGCCAUUUAAAAGCUGCGGAUCCACUGCUAGCGCGUGUUAUCGACGCACAUCAAUCGCCGUCUUUUGACACAUCUCAACCACCAUUCUUUGCCCUGACCAAGAGUAUCCUCUACCAGCAACUCGCCGACAAGGCUGCCACCUCCAUCUACACUCGAUUUGUCUCCCUCUGCGGUGGUGAGGCUGGUGUAGUCCCGGACGCCGUCCUCUCCUUCUCUGUCCCCCAACUCCGUGAAAUCGGUGUUUCCGCUCGUAAAGCCAGUUACAUCCAUGACCUCGCCAGCAAGUACCACAAGGGGAUCCUUUCUGAUGCCUCGAUUAUUGACAUGGAGGUUGAGGCCCUUUUCGAAAUGCUCACUAUGGUCAAUGGUAUUGGGCCCUGGACUGUGCACAUGUUCAUGAUUUUCUCCCUUCACCGACCGGAUGUUCUCCCUAUCGGUGAUCUUGGUGUCCGCAAGGGGGUCCAGUUCCUCUAUGGUCUUAAACAAUUGCCUCGGCCUAACCAGAUGGAAAAGCUCUGUGAGAAGUGGAUACCUUAUCGAUCCCUUGGGGCCUGGUACAUGUGGAGGCUCGCUGGAGCCAAAGGGACCCAAGCUUCGGCCGCAGCCACCACACACAGCCGCAGCAACAUCAAAGUCUAGAUCUGAUCAGUGACAUUGCCAGCCUCGGUCAUAUAUGUCAUGGCAAGUAGGCAAUCCACGGCGUUGGAGGCGGCCUGGACGCAAGGUGACACCAACAAAGCGACCAAGGCACUUGCCUUAACAUUAUUUGUCGACAAUCAAUUUCUCAUAUUCUGUUGGACCUAUUUACCUAAAAUUGUAGCUGUUUUGAACUUGAAAUAAAAUGCUGGUGAAUCAUCUGUGAAACUCGAGAUUUUAAAUCACAAAUACUUGUGUAUGAGUGUGUGUUUUUUCUUUCAAUUUGUUUGCUUCAUGCUUAACCUCUUUACCAUGGAUCAUUGAUUACAGUCUCAGGGUUUUCACCCUUUAUCUUCUCCGCUAAUUAAUUAACUUUUCUUGCUGAUAUCUGGUUCCCUGCCAGACUUAAUACUCUUUCUUAAAGUAUCAUAGAUAUCAUUGACAAAUUUUCAGAUUCCUCAUGAAGCAAGAAGUGGUAGUGAGAGUCCAUGUGUCAGCAUUGUUAUUUCUGCUGCGCUUUAGUUCUUAAAUCAGUAUCACAAGUACUCCAAAAAUAUUUUGACAGAGGCUGGUCCAAUGAAUUGGAAAAGAAAGCUUGCGCAUUCAAGCUUAAGAGGUUUUUAGAUAUGCAUGCACUGGUUUUUACUUAUUAGUAUGCUCUUAAUAAGAGUGCAUAUGAUCAUCAAUUGUCCAAGAGUCGCAAGAUGCCAACUUGAAAUUAUUUGCUGUUACUAAAAGGACUAAUUUAAUAAAAAGUUCCAUUACUUAAUGGUUGAUCAUAUUACUGUAGCCAGUGCAAAUAAACUGCAUGCUUUCAAUGUUUACUGUAAAUGUACGACCUUUUAUGCUAUGACCUUUGCUUCUUUAACCUUACUACCUUAGGAUAGAAUUGAGAAUAUUCCCAAGUAGUUGAGAGGAAUAGCUGACAGAUACUGGAAUUUCAUGAUUUCUUAAAUUUCCACCGGCAUCAAAGUGGUUUGUUCUGAGGGUUGCUAGAGUCGAACUUCUGAGGCGAGUUCCCUGGCCUGAGUCAAGUGUUCCAUAAAGUCUGUGGGUAGAAUUUUUGCAGUCAUUCAUCUUUACAAGCACAUCUGUAUGAAACAAUUUUACUCUGUUCAGAUGUUCUUGAAAACUACUUAAAUCUUAUUUCGCACUCUCUCCCUCUCUUGUGGUGUGUGUGCAAGUCUUCAUGCAUUUUGUUAAUCUUGUUUUACAGGCAAUGAUAGUACUCGUCUUUUAUUUGAACCUACGGUCCUGGCAGCAUGCUCUGGUUAGAGUUGGGGAAAAA